AUGCCCCGAGCUCACCCUCCCACUCUCAACAAUCGCAACACUACAAGUUCUAGGAUACGUGCUGACUCGCCUGGAGCUGGACCUGCAAUCACAAUUGAUAGUAGUGACUGUAGUGAGAGCAGCAAAGCAGAAGACGAGUGGCCUAUUAAGAGCAUUCUUGAGGAAACCGAUACGCAAUAUCUCAUUGAUUGGGAGGGACCUUACGAACCAAGUUGGGAACCCAAAGAGAACGCCAGCGAACCUGCGAUUGAGGCCUGGGAGAGGUGGAAAGCGCGCAAUACAAGAGGCAGUCCAAUUUUCAUCUCCUCUGAUAGUAGCCGCGACUUGGAAGAUUCCAGCAGCAGCUCUAGCAGCUAUCAUAGUCUCAGUCAAAACCAAGAUCAAAGCCCCGAGCAACACGUCAAUCAAACCCCCAAUCACUGCCGCAUUGAGAGUCAUAUCGCCGCCCAGCUUCAGAGUGAAUAUUUGAAUCAUCUCAGCGCAAGUCAGGAGCAAGACUCACAAGUUUCAGCGUCACUUUUUGUGAAUCAAGGCAAUCUUCCGGAAAUACUCGAAUCCAUCGAAGCUAGGAUCCAGCAAAAUUCAGUCCCCGCUCUAGCAUCGCUCCAUUACUCCUUGGACUAUUCACAAUCACGAAACCGGUCUUCUUCUUUUGAGACAGUAUCCGACUACUCUCAGCCCCCUGCGAAGCUCUUGCCAGGCGAGUCUCAGGGAGUAAACCUAGACGAUUCGCUACAAAACACCCAAGAGCAGGGAGACUCUACUCACUCCUUGUUCCUCGCGAAGCCCUUGUCAAGCGAGAUCGAGGAAGUGGGCGUAAGCAAUACGCCCCAAACCACGCAAGAGCAGAGAUACUCUACUUCUGGUCAGAGUCCUUUGAGUAUUGAUCGCAGUGAGCCCCCUCGACCUGUUGCGAGCGCACCGUUGAGCUGGCAAUCAGUCAAAUCACCAGGCACAUUCAAAGGUUUCAAAUCCAGCGAAAUAGCCGAGACGCCUGCUCACCCACCGUCUGCGAUCAGCAAUAUCUCGUUUGACACUCCCAAUCUUCGCAGCACAUUGAUUUCCCAACCUUUCCCCUCACGCAGUCUGCUUGAAGAAGUGGAAUUUUCCGAACCAAAGUAUUUUGGCACGAUCCCAGAAACAAUAUUCCACCCUUCACAGAAAAGAAAACUGAGUGGCGAAACAUUUGAUCGACCAAGAGCUUCAUUUUCGAACAUUUUCGCCACACGAUUAUCAAGCCAAACAAUGGACGAAAAUGAUAACAAAUCUCCGCUCGGUGAACUACCAGGGUCCACUCCAAGGGAAAGGAUUCGCAACGCCUGGGCACAGCUGAAUGCACCCCCUCAAUUUGGAGAAACUCAAAUGGCUAGUGGUAUUGAUACUCCAUCAUCCGUGGGAGAUAUAGAGGCGUCAAUACCAGUGUCCGUCCCUGAAGCAACAGCGCCACUCAGUGUCAGAGCUGAGACAGACCCGUUCUCCCACACCGCAGUUCAUCAUGCUCAUUCUUCUUUGUUGCCGCCGUCAGAGCUAGCUCACAGUCAGCUAGGCCAGCCAUCAAUGCAGACUAUUCAUCCAAGUGCGUUGACUGCCACAGGUAUGGAAGAGGUCGUGCCAGGAUCAGUUUACCUCGGGCCCUCCGAAUUUGCUGUGACUCUUCCAAUGGAUUCUCGAGUAAAGGAUGACUAUGAAAGGGUGUUGGCAGAUGCAGCCUCAAGCAUUCGCCGGUUCUUCGUUGGUUUCCAGUCUGAUUCUCAAAUAUCAGCUUCGGAACGGCGGAAUCUUGAGCAAAAGAUGCAGGAGGUUGUAAUGCGACUGAACAAUGUUUCAACUCAUCCAGAUCUUAACAUUGCAACUCACCUUGCAGACUCUAAUACAGACCCUGAGAAGGAGGCAUCCUGGGCCGAAUACUCUAGUGCCAAAUUCCUUUUUCUUGGUCAUCUCAUGGAUACGGUGGAAACACAUGAACUUCAUGUGAUUAUCGCGGUACAACAUGAGACAACACAGGCAGUUAUUGAGCGUUACUUGCUAGGGAAAGGAUUCGCAUACACCAGACCUCGCGAAGAUAUGGGCCGCACUCUGGAAGUAUCCAUGUCAAGAGGGCCACUUAGCUUUGGUAUUCAUUCCAGUGAGAGUGUGCGCGAACUUUACAAACCACCGUCUGCAAUUUUUGCAUUCGAUGCUUCUUUCAACCCUAAAAGCCCAUCUAUGCAGCACAUCCGAACUACAUAUGCACGAAACGGAAACUUGCUUCCUGUUAUCUGGUUCCUUGUUGCGAACACCAGCGAACACAUUCAACGUUGUUUGCCGGAUUUGACUGAACCAGAGCGAUUACGCUGGCUUGUCCAUUACAUUGCCCGCUUCCAUGACGAAGUCGGAGAUCUUCAACAUGACGCGCUCGGUAUACAUGAGAACGCCGAGGAAAUUCUCACAUAUCUUCUUGAUGGUGUUGCUGGCUGGCCACUUGCCACUAUUGAGCCCUUGGCAUUUGUCUCUAAAGAGGAACUAGAGGCGUCGACUCCUUCAUCGGGCUCUUCACUUCCACAGCCCCAGAAACGGUCUCUUGACGAUGAAGGGGAAGACUACACGUCAAAGCGGGCACGAGUCGAUACUCAAGACAACAGUCAAUUGACCGAGUCAACUAAACCUCCGAGCCAAACAUUGUAUCCCGAUUUGGAGUCACUGGAGAAGGUGCUCAUCCAGACAAAGCACGCACACGCGACAGAGAAGGAGCAGUUACAGGCAGAGCUAGCUCAAGUCCGUGCUCAGGCGAAGGAAAUGGAGCAGGCAUUCGGCAACUUACAACACCGAUUCGAGACUCGGACCGAACAAGUUUACACGAUUCGCAAAGAACGCGACUCAUUGGUGGCAACCACAGCAUCGCUUCAGGGCGCUUUCGACAAGUCGCAGCAUCAGGUUCUUGUUCUGAAAGAGGAAAGGAAACAACUUAGACAAGAGCUCCACGAGGCCAGAGAAACAAUCAAAGCUGGUGGUGGCAGCGCUGCCGAACUGGAGAUGACACGCGAGGAAAUGCGUCGUCUUAAUGCUGAAAAUGAGGACCUCACUCGCAAAGCUUCAUACGAAGCAAAGCGAUCUGAAUACACCAGAGAGCAAUACCAAACUGCAUCUACAGCGGCAGCUCAAUCCGGCAAUGAAAGUCGCCUACUGACAUCCGAAAACGAGGAACUGAAGCGCAAAGCCGAUCUGAACAAGGUCAAACUUCGCGAAAUGAACAUCAAUGACAACGAUGCCCGCCAUCUUGCGAAAAUUGAUGAGCUCAAUCUGACUCUAGCAGCGCGGGAGGAACUCCUACGCAGAAAGGAAGAGGAGCUUCGUGAAAUUCGCAAAAACCGACCAUCCACUCGCUCAACCAGCACUCAACCACGAAGCCCUAAAAUAUCAGCCAGCAGCCGUCCAACUAGCCCCGGUGUUGGCCACAACGGCAAUGGUCAUAACGGAGGUCUUCCAGGCAGAGGCAGCGCACUACGAUUUAGCUCAGAAAUGCGAUUCUGA